GAAGAUCCUGCCUUGAUCCGCUGGGUCUAUGCUAGGACACUGAACGUCUACCCUACUUUCCGUCCGACACCCAAGACGUCCUUCUUAGGGGCUGUUUUUGCAAUAGGUCCUAUCCUCUUCUGGUCUUUUGUCUUCAAAGCUCACAGGGACCAUAAAGAGAAGCUUAUCAAAGAAGGUAAAUACGAGCGACCGUUCAGUGUAUUUUAA